CUUGCAUUGCCGUCCGCUUUCGCAUACUCGUUAUUUUAAGAAUGGAGACAAACAACGGAGAAAAUCAACAAAAUACAAAAAAGGGAAGCAUGCAAAGUAUUUCGCAGUGGUUCGUUGAAAAAUCUCAAAGCUGCUUGAAACAGCAAGAUGAUCGAUAUGCGUGUAAAGCCUUCCUCCUAACAGCUAAAAUCAUCUGUCCGCAUGACUUCGAAAUACAAUAUCAGGCAUACUGCUUUGAGAAAACAGCACACAAUGUCAAACAGGCAGCCUCUAUACUUCUUGAAAUGUUUAGGAAUUUCCCCUUGGAUGGCAGACUGGAUGAUGAAUUGAAGGCUAUCUCAAAGGCAUUGCUUGGAGACUCCAAGGACACACAUGCAUCAUUUCUCAAAGAUGUUUAUGAGCAGCUGUCAACUAAAAUACAGAAAGAAAUACUGGAUCAUUGUGCAAAACUAAGCCAACAGAAUCACAAUGACUUAGAGGAGCUUCGUCUCAAACUACUCAUCAAUCAACGAUUUAACAAAGAUGGACCAAAAGAAGUGACUCUUCUAUUGAACAGUAUCUUGGAUAUUGAGAGGAAAGAAGGAUUCAAGAGUGUGGCUAACCCUUACAGGAAGCUAAUGGUUUAUGAAGUACUUCCAUUUGCAUUGUCUAUGGACAAAUUGAGUCAGUACUGCUCUUCUAAGGACUAUUCUAAAUGGUUGCAGAAGACUAUGGAGUAUUUUAUCACCAUGGCAACGAACCCGCAGAAACUGUCUAGCGGGGAUCACAUGACCCAUGGUGUGAUCGGAGGUGAAGGGUCAGAGAUGUUCAGGGGGUCACCGUGGGUGAGCCUUCAACACAUGCUGAAAUUGUUUGCCAAGUGUUGUCAUUGGGAGAGUGGCUUCAUCUCUUCACCCGGAAGUGGUUUGGGGGAGAGUUGGUCAGUUAUUCAAAAGUAUGUCCAGAGACACAGUAAUAACAGCAGAGAGGAAGGAGAGAAGGUACCUCCUAAACCAGCUUUCUAUGCCAGUCUGGUUCUCCUUCUCAGGGCGUCCUAUCACUAUGUAUCCAUCAUGAGUCCACAGCAGUAUGGUGGAUCAUCCAGUCAUCACCAUCAAUCUCAUGUGUUACUUGAAGACCUUGAACCAAAGAAAAGGUCCAAGAAGCACAAACACGCACACAAGAAGCGCAAGUUAGAAGGGGACAAAGAGACUCAUAUCGAUUCUGAUGGAUCAGAUGAUGUCUUAGAUGUGAUCCAACCUUCUGAGAAUACACCUCUGUCAGCUGAGAUCACAGAAGCCUUCCAUACUGCCAUGAAUUGUUGGCAACUUCUCAACUCCAAUGAUACAUUUAUCAAAGACUUUAACUGGUUAUUGCAUAGAUGGAAAGCUGAAUCAUGGUCCUGGUUUAAUAGCUUUCAAGCAGAUAGGCUUCUAUAUCUGGGUGAGAAUGUUCAAGCUAUAGCCAUGCUGCAAGCAAAGUUAAAAGCAGAACAAGAUGAGACACACCUUGAAAGCUCUGAUCGUAUGAAAAUUCUCAUUCAACUGGCUUGUAUCUAUCAGUCUAUGGCAAGAUUAGCUGAUGCUAGUGAUUGUAUUCUGCAAGCCAUCGGUAUCAUGAAGACUAACUACGUGGAAGGCAAUCCUAACAGGGGUAUAGUGAGUGAAGGAUCAUUGACAGGGGCAGGGAAAUCAGGUAGACUUCUUCAUAUCUUAUCAGCUAGUCCAUCCACACUGCUACCUUACUGUAUUCAACUGGUCCUUCUUGCAUUUAAGAAACGUGUCCUUCACCGAGCUGAUUCCAACGACACUGGGUUAGGUCACCUGAUAGUUUUGAUGCAGUAUUAUUGGCCGAGAGAAGAACCACUGUUUAACGAGGCUAUCAGAAGAAUCAGAAAACAAGGCAGCUUCUUCUAUCACUGUUUUCUCAAUUAUGUCAUCAAUAUUGAUAUUCUGGAAGAGUUUGCUCAUUUGAAGACAGAAGAUGGAGGAAAGGUCAAUCUUGAUAUUCUGCCUUCCUCGUCCAGUGUUCAAAGACAAAGGACAGUGACAAGAGGAAUUACUAGAGGAGGUACGGAGGAUUUCCGUGCUGCCAUGGAGAGACAAGUUAUGAGGAGUAAUGAUAAUAUAGAAGCUGUUAUCAUGAAGUUCCUUAUGGAAGAGAGAGACUCCAUCAAACUUACAUUCGCUGAUAGCUAAGAGAGGAUUACUUAUCCUGCUGACUAGAAGAAACAGAAGGAUGAAUAUUGAAAUACAAGUAUAAAUAGGUUAUAAUGAUAAUGUGGAAGCUGUCAUGACAAUUCUUAUUGAAGAGAAAGUCUCCAUCAAACCAGACUGAAAAAACAGUUGAUAUAUGCUCCCCUGAGACUUUGCCUGGCUUUGGAGCAUUUCUUCCCUCCAUUGACAGAAGUAACCUAUACGCAUCGCCAUGGUGGCAGUAAGCAUAGAAAAUAAUUAAAGAUAAAACAAUACCAGCAAAAAGAUGGCCUGCCGAGUUCCUACAGGAGUUACCAUAACAGAAACAAACAGAAGAUGAAAAUAACACUAACCGUAAAUAGCAAAAAUCAGCAUCCAAGCAGAGACGUCUGUCUUCGGCUAAGUCACCCUUUUUUAGAGAAUUAAAAUUCACCGAUAUAACUCUUGUUCUGAUUGGUUCUUCGAGUGACUGUGGUACUAUUUCGCAGGUCAAUCUAGUGAAUAGUAAAAUAAGCAAGUGCAAUCAAAUGCUAUUGCCAUUGCUAGCUGUUCCAAAAUGCAGAUGAAUAUCCUUGAACUGAAAUGGUAACAUGAACGUGCGAAUUUCCUAGAAAGCUCGUGAACACUUUUUGCGAGAGUGAUCACAAAUUUCCUUGUUGACCAUAGUAGAUUGCGAGACAAAUGAAUACCCUCUAGUGAUUAUUUCAUUCCGCAAUAAUGAACCUAUUUAGUAAUAAGAUUGUUAUAUAUAUUGCAUUAAAUUGCAUUUAAGCGUGACUGAUAAGUCACUCUUAACUCUUUGUAAAAUAACAAAAUUUGUAUUUUACAUCAAAUAUUUAUGUAUCCAUAAGAAAUUACUUAACAUUCUGCCGCUUUGUUUGCCCAAUUAAAUUUGGGAUUUAAGCAGUAAUUAAAGAGAGUGAGGCAGCUCACCCUUUCCCCCCAUAGACGCUGUAGGUAAACAUUGCGUGAACCACCACCAUAUUGGCCUGAAUUCACAAAGUUGGUUUUGAAAACCCACAGUUGAAUCCAUGGUUUAUGUAGAUUUCCUGUAUAGAUUACGCUUAAUUUAACGUGUAUCGGGCUCGUGUAUAAAACAUUUCCAAUGCUGAUGCACGCUUUUGUCACAGUGCGCCAAAUUGACGCCUGUUGCCAUGGUUAGAUACGCUAUUUUAUUCAUGAGUCCACUGUUUGAAGAGUGGACUCAUUAUUCAAAACAGUGGACUCAUGAAUAAAAUGGAGUGGAUAACCACGGCAACAGGCGUCAAUUUUGCGCACUGACAAAAGCGCGCAUUAGCAUUGGAUAUUUUUAAUAUACGCGGGAAAUAAGCGUAAUUUAUACAGGAAAUCUGCAUAAACCAUGGACUUAACCAUGGGUUUUCAAAACUACCUUUGUGAAUUCGGGCCUAUGAGUCCAAUGGGACACUUCCAUCUGUGUAGGAGGAGAACUGAGAAAAAACAGAAAAUGUUUAAAAAAUUCUCGGAAAUGACAGAUUUUUCAGUCUACCAUCAAACUUAUCUUUGCUGAAAGCUAAUAGGCAAUGGCAAUCUGAUAUGCAGACAAUAAAACAAAAGAGAGUAAUACAAGUAUUACUGAAUUUGUGAGUUAUUGAAUCUCAAGGUUGCUUAAAGCUGAAAAAAAAAACACUAGAUCAAUUGUUUGAUAUUGAUUUUAAUAAUAAUAAUGAUAUAGAUAGCUACUGUGAUGAUAAAGAUAUUAACAUGUAAGAUGAUAAUAACAGGAUGACAACAUUUUGUAAAGAGCUUGUUUUUUUGGUCAGAUUUGACACUGUCGAAGCCUUUUUGCAAGUAAUUAUUCAUUGAUGUUAAUCUUGCAAACAGUUGUGCUCUCAGGGAAUCAUUGAUUUUGACUGGCUGUCAAAUAAUGUUGUCUUUGAAUUUUAAAUCAAUGGCAGAGGGAAAGUGGGGUUAUGGUAUAAAAAUUACUUUUCCAGAUUUUACAAUUCUCCAACACUUUUGUGAUGCUGAUUAUGAUUACAGUUUAUUUUGUGGAAUUUUUUUAAGAAAAAAAAAUGCUUUGAGUUUAGCAAUUAUUUGACCUAUAAAUUAUUUCUUAGGAACGAUAUGCCCUCCUUCAAAAUUAUUCUAAAGAAUUUUUUAAAUUUGGAUUCAGACAAAUAACAAUUUUUUAUCCUAUCUCAUUGAUUCAUUAAGAUCUAAUAAAAAACAAUCUUGUAUUUUGAAAGAAUCUGAAAUGUAAUUUCAAGAUGUCUGAAGGAGUUAAUUGCAAAUUGUUUGUAUCCACUUGCUCUACUAGCAGGUGGUCUAGUUAUCAGAUUGUUUCACACCAUGGCUGAACCCACUUGGUCUAUUAUCAGUUUGAUCUAAUUACUGUUUGUUCACUUAGACUAGUUAUCGUUUAGUCUAAUACCAUUUUCAAUGGUAUUCAAUUUUCCAAUACUAUUUUCCACUUUGUCUACUUCUAAGUUUACACAUUGCCAAAUGACAAUAUGGUUCAUAAACACUUCAUCUAAUCAUAUAGAUUAAGUGGUGUUAGACUAUGCAUAUUAGAUGAAAUUAGUAUAGCCUAACUGGAAAUUACACUAAAUGGUAAAUGGGCUAAAUGGCAAUUAGACCAAAUGUUUUGUAGACGAUCUAGGAUUAGACCUUGUGCGGUAGGACCAAACCUAAUGUAGACAAAGUGGGUAUAGACCAAGUGACAAUUUACCAGUUCCAAACUGUAAUAUAAAUGGUAUCAUGAAAGUCUAUAUACUGACUGAUUUAAAAAAAAAUUUACACCAAAAAAAAUGCCAAUUUGAUGAAAAACAUGUUCGGAACACAAAAUUCUCAUAUCCUGAAAGAGUAUCUUAUCCAGAAUAAUUUUGUAUCAUUUGUAUGUGGUAUAUGAUUACAUGUGAAUAAUCAGUAGGUAUUCUUUGCUGUGAUGUAACAUUUGAUUUGCGCCAAAGUAAGGCAUGAAUGAAUCCAGGUGUCCAUGAAGUCAUAAUCCUACACAAUUAAGUUGCAGUAGAAGUCAUUUUCAAUUUAAUGAACAUUGGAAUAAAUACUUAAAGGUUUUUGCGCACAAUCAUGUUAACUU